UAGUUCCCUACAGCUGCCAUUUUGACGGGAAGAGUGAGGAGCUGGGAAACUGCGUGUUUGUUGUUCGGCAGUCUUAUUUACGCAUAAAAAGAUUUCACCAUGGCUAUGCAAGCAGCAAAACGCGCUAAUAUACGAUUACCUCCUGAGGUGAACAGAAUCUUGUACGUCAGGAACCUUCCUUACAAGAUCACAGCUGAGGAAAUGUACGAUAUCUUUGGAAAGUACGGACCAAUACGUCAGAUCAGAACAGGGAACACGCCUGAAACAAGAGGAACAGCCUAUGUGGUUUACGAAGACAUCUUUGAUGCCAAGAACGCCUGUGACCAUCUGUCAGGCUUUAAUGUCUGCAACCGUUACCUGGUGGUCCUCUACUACAAUGCAAACAGAGCUUUCCAAAAGAUGGACACAAAGAAGAAAGAGGAACAGUUGAAGCUUCUAAAAGAGAAAUACGGCAUCAACACAGACCCUCCAAAGUAGUUUUCUGGAAACCCCAUCCACCACCCCCGCACCCCACGACUCCCUUUCACCUCCAUGCCCAGAAGCUUUCCUCUUGUACCUUUACAAAAAUCACAUGUUGCUUUUUUAUGCUGGUAUUGAUUUACUGAUACAGUUGUUCAAAAUGUUAUUUUUAAAUGAUUUUUUUGAAUUGAGGAGUCAGGAAAUAUAUUUUGUGUUAUAAUUUCCAUCAUCAAAUACUUGAUGAUGGAAUAUUGAUUCUUGAAAUUCAGUUUGAUUUUCAGAAUAGGUCUUCAAAUUUUUGUUGUUGUUCCUGUCAAAGUGAUUGACAGGUGGGAUAAACUCUUCAGCAGCGGGAUCUAGAUGGUGAUGCCAUGGUGGUCAUAGUGUUCACCCUGGGACAGAUGUUAAAAUCUGCCAGAGCAGAUUGUUGCCACUCCUACUUCAGACUUCUACAAUCUUUUAAUUUAAAGCCUACCAUGAAUAUACAGUGCGUGAUAUGAAAUUGAGUUUAUCAGUACUGACUCUGUAAAAUAAAUGGUUUCUGUAAAAUAAACGUUCCUUUUCUAAAA